AGAAUAUGCAAAAGUUCUCAGCUGAUUUGUAAACUAUAAAUAAGAACUAUUAUUUAUUUUUUACUUCGUGUUUUUUUUUUUUUUGUAUCACUGUUCCUGGCAAUUUGAAUGAUACAAGUCUUACCAGAUUUCUUAUUUGAAGCAAGUGAUUUUGAGUGUGGCUGUCAACUUGUAUGUUUAAUUACAGGAUUUGCAAACACUCUUGUCUAGCAGUCACUGAGUUAUAAAUUUGUACUUACACUUUUCACCUAUUAUAUAACUACUCAAACAUUUUUCAUUGGAGUAGUUUGUGAUAUGCUGAGGAGCUAAAUUGGCAUCGUACUACAGCUGCACCAUUCUUAUUUUGGACAACAUGCUGAAAAUCAACGUUUGCAUUUUGGUGAUAGUCUUGAGUAUGCUAGUUACCCAUAUAACCAUGGCCACAUAUCUUUUGGUAAAGGGCGAAUAUGAAGAAAAGAGGUCAUUUAUUAUGGAUAGAUAUCCAAAUUUGUUCUACACAGAAGAGCAAUUAAAUAAUAUUUUUGAGAAGGAAUGGAUCCAGAAUCAAUAUCAUUAUCCUGUUUUUAAAAGAGGACGAAGAAGUUUGCAGUUAGAUGAGGAAUUUUGUUGCCCAAUAUGUGUGCAAAUAAGUUAUUUCUGAUUUUCGUGAUAAUGGAUAUAUGUGUGUAUGCAAAAUUAAAUGAGUUUAAGCGUGCUCCAGACAUUUCGUACCGUCCAAAAAAGCCAAAACAUCAAGUAAUAAAUGAGAUUAAAAAAAGUAUCAUGUUGGAAAACCUUGUAAAAACAAAAUACCCAGGUAUAUUUCAUACUAAGAAAGAAAUUGAAAACAAGUUAUCAAGAGAUAUGCCACAGCCGCCUUCAUCCCGCCCUGAAUAUGAGAAAAAAUCUUGCUGUCAAGUGACACCUUCUUUCCAAAUGCUAGAUGCCCUGCAAAAUUUAGAUGGAUUAGAAAGACCUAUAAUUCAUUUUGAGGAUGCGUACCAAGUUAUUCCUUGGGUUACAUGUUCAGGCACGGGUUUUUGUACUGAAUGCGAAUCAAGGAACAGAACAAUUUCAUUGCUGGCCUGGAAAAAUUCAACCAGUUUGAUACCAACUUUUGACUUAUUCUCUGUUCCUCUUUAUUGCACAUGUAUUCCUGGCUAGACUGUGUUAAAGCAAUUCAAACAUUUCAAGCAUUAUCAUUUAAAUACUUUACAUCUUUCUUUAAAGCAGUACAUUAUAUACAUUUCAUUAUAUGGAUUGCAUUGUACUCAUUCAUUGGAAUAAACUAUACUUCUGA